UACAUCAGAGUGGGUGGUAGAUGGGUGUGCCAUUCUGAUUCAGACACUGUAUAAAUGAAAGAACAGUAAGAAGAGUGAAACAAAUUUCUAAAAGGAGACUCAUUCAUGGCCUAUGAGACAGAGGAUCAUGAAUACUGUUUUCCUGCCAUCAACUCAUCAUGUAUCAAGGGAAAACGCUCCAGACAUGAAUACAAUAUCAUGUAUGUGUUUGUAUCACUGCUGUCAGCAUGGACUGUGUUUCUGAACCUGCUGGUGAUCAUCUCCAUCUCUCACUUCAAGAAGCUUCACACUCCAACCAACCUGAUCAUUCUCUCUCUGGCUGUGGCUGAUCUUCUUAUUGGACUUGUCAUGCCCAUAGAGGCCAUCAGGCUGGUUGAGAUGUGUUGGUACUUUGGUCACACUCUCUGUGGACUCUAUUUAAUAUUUAUAACGGUGCUUCUUUCAGCAUCUAUUAGCAAUUUAGUUUUAAUAGCUAUUGAUCGUUAUGUGGCUGUGUGUCACUCUUUACUGUACCCACAGAAAAUAACCACAACUAAAACCGCAAUAAGCAUCUGUCUGAGCUGGGUUUACUCCUCAACUUAUAACUCUGCCUUUUUAAUUAACAGAUAUUUUGACACUUCACUCAGAACAGACAUGUGUUAUGGAGAGUGUUCUGUUACAAUGGAUUUUACUUGGAUAGUCACUGAUCUGUUCAUGUCUUUUAUUUUUCCUUGUAUCCUGAUCAUAACUUUAUAUUUGAGGAUUUUCUAUGUAGUACAUCAGCAAGUGAAAGUUAUAAACUCUCUGAUGAAGAGUGGUAAAUGUGUAAUGGAAGGUUCAGUGAGGAGAAAAUCUGAGAGUAAAGCUGCUCUGACAUUAGGAAUCAUUGUGACAGUUUAUCUGCUGUGCUGGAUUCCGUAUUAUGUCUGUUCUAUAUCAGCAAUCUCUUCUACAACCAUAAACGUUUUGACAUGGGUCGUGUAUGUUAACUCAGGUUUGAAUCCUCUGGUCUAUGCUUUAUUUUAUCCCUGGUUUAAAAAGACUGUUAAACACAUCUUAACUCUGAAAAUAUUUCAGCCAGCAUCCUCUCUGGUCAAUAUUUUUACAGAACAUCAAUUAUAA